CCUCCUUUCUCUCUCUCUCACUCUUUUAUCUCUUAUUUGGUGCAAAGUGCAAACCGAAAAUAGGUCGCGUCAGUCCUGUUGCCCUUUUUCUAUAGCAUUUCUCCUCCUGCUACUGCUUCUGCUUCUGCUUCUGCUUCUGUGUUAGAGGGUGGGGCUCUUGUGAGAGAGACGGGGCAGAGCACGGAACAAAUAUUAUUAGGGUUUACCUUUUGCUUUCUCCCCCUAAAAGGAUCUGCAACUCCUGGAUCAUAUCUGAUGUUGAAGAAGAGGAACGAUUGAUUCAUUCAUCUUCUCGAUUCCGCUUUCUUCUUAUCAGAUCUGAGAUCUGGCUCUCUAGAUCCAGAAAAAUUUGAAGCUUUUGUUCACUUUCUAAUCAAUUCAAGAUCCAGGCGAUUCCUUUGAAAUCUUCCCAAGGAAUGAUGUGAUUGUGUUGCACAGAAUUUUGAAUCAUGCUGACGAAAUUCGAAACAAAGAGUAAUAGGGUUAAGGGUCUGAGCUUUCACAGUAAGCGGCCAUGGAUUCUGGCUAGUCUUCACAGUGGCGUGAUUCAGCUAUGGGAUUAUCGCAUGGGUACCCUCAUUGAUAGGUUUGAUGAGCACGAUGGGCCUGUUCGUGGUGUGCAUUUCCACAAGACUCAGCCUUUGUUUGUCUCAGGAGGAGAUGAUUACAAGAUCAAAGUUUGGAACUAUAAGAUGCACAGGUGCCUCUUUACUCUUCUUGGGCACCUUGAUUAUAUCCGAACAGUUCAAUUUCACAAUGAGUACCCUUGGAUUGUGAGCGCAAGUGAUGACCAAACUAUCAGAAUAUGGAACUGGCAGUCACGCACAUGCAUCUCUGUGCUAACUGGUCACAAUCACUAUGUUAUGUGCGCCUCUUUCCAUCCUAAAGAGGAUUUGGUUGUAUCGGCUUCCCUGGAUCAGACAGUUCGAGUAUGGGAUAUAGGUGCCCUGAGGAAGAAAACUGUUUCUCCAGCAGAUGACAUAUUAAGGCUAACUCAAAUGAACACAGAGUUAUUUGGGGGAGUGGAUGCCGUCGUGAAAUAUGUGUUGGAAGGCCAUGACCGGGGUGUCAACUGGGCUGCGUUCCAUCCCAGCCUGCCACUUAUUGUUUCUGGAGCGGAUGAUCGACAAGUGAAACUGUGGCGAAUGAAUGAUACAAAGGCCUGGGAAGUGGACACAUUGAGAGGGCACACAAAUAAUGUGUCAUGUGUGAUGUUCCAUGCACGACAGGACAUCAUAGUGUCCAACUCUGAAGACAAAAGCAUACGUGUCUGGGAUGUUACAAAGCGCACAGGGGUACAGACUUUCCGGAGGGAACAUGAUCGAUUCUGGAUUCUUGCUGCUCAUCCCGAAAUGAAUCUCUUGGCAGCUGGUCAUGAUAGUGGCAUGAUAGUCUUUAAGCUGGAGAGAGAACGCCCAGCUUUUGCGGUUAGUGGUGAUUCUCUAUAUUACAUUAAAGACCGUUUCUUACGCUGCUAUGAGUUCUCGUCCCAAAAAGACAACCAGGUGAUACCCAUAAGAAGGCCUGGCUCCACCAGUCUGAACCAAAGUCCACGAACUCUUUCAUAUAGCCCGACUGAAAAUGCUCUCUUGGUCUGCUCAGAUGUGGAGGGUGGAUCUUAUGAACUCUAUAUUGUGCCCAAGGAUAGCAUGGGCAGGGGCGACACUUCCCAAGAAGCGAAAAGAGGUGUGGGGGGGUCUGCUGUCUUUGUUGCUCGCAACAGGUUUGCUGUGCUUGACAAGAGUAACAAUCAAGCGUUGGUUAAGAACCUCAAAAAUGAAGUUGUAAAAAAGAGCAUUCUCCCCAUUGCUGCCGAUGCUAUAUACUAUGCUGGCACUGGUAAUUUGCUUUGUCGUGCUGAGGAUAGGGUGGUCAUCUUUGAUCUUCAGCAGCGGACAAUUAUUGGAGACCUCCAGACUCCAUUUAUCAAGUAUGUUGUUUGGUCAAAUGACAUGGAGAGUGUUGCAUUACUCAGUAAGCAUGCAAUUGUUAUAGCAAAUAAAAAGCUCUUGCACAGGUGCACACUGCAUGAGACCAUUCGUGUUAAGAGUGGUGCAUGGGAUGACAAUGGUGUUUUCAUAUACACAACUCUGAAUCAUAUCAAGUACUGCCUCCCCAAUGGAGACAGUGGUAUAAUCCGGACCCUUGAUGUUCCCAUAUACAUCACAAAGGUUUCGGGGAACACCAUCAAUUGCUUGGAUCGAGACGGGAAGAACCGGGUGAUAGCCAUUGAUGCAACAGAGUAUGUUUUCAAGCUCUCUUUGCUGAGGAAGAGAUAUGAUCAUGUGAUGAGUAUGAUCAGGAACUCGCAGCUCUGUGGGCAGGCUGUGAUUGCAUAUCUGCAACAGAAAGGUUUCCCUGAAGUUGCCCUCCAUUUUGUUAGGGAUGAGAAAACCCGCUUCAAUUUAGCCUUAGAGAGUGGAAACAUUCAGAUUGCUGUUGCGUCAGCCAAGGAGAUUGAUGAGAAAGACCAUUGGUAUAGGUUGGGUGUUGAGGCCCUCCGACAAGGAAAUGCUAGCAUUGUAGAAUACGCGUACCAAAGGACAAAGAACUUUGAGAGGCUCUCCUUCUUAUAUCUCAUCACUGGAAACAUGGAUAAGUUGUCAAAGAUGUUGAGGAUAGCGGAGAUAAAGAAUGAUGUUAUGGGGCAGUUCCACAAUGCCCUAUAUCUUGGUGACAUUCAUGAGCGAGUCAAGAUCUUGGAAAACUCGGGUCAUCUCCCACUUGCCUAUGUUACAGCUGCCAUUCAUGGGCUAACUGAAGUUACCGAGAGGCUUGCAGUUGAGUUGGGAGACAACGUUCCCUCUCUUCCUGAAGGAAAGAAAGCUUCUUUACUCAUUCCACCUCCACCCAUCUCUUGUGGUGGGGAUUGGCCCUUGUUAAGAGUUAUGAAGGGCAUCUUCGAAGGUGGGUUGGAUAACACAGGAAGAGGAGGGGAUGAAGAGGAAGAAGAAGCUGCUGUUGCUGAUUGGGGUGAAGAUUUGGAUAUCGUGGAAUCAAGUGGACAAAAUGGACAUGUGGACGCAGAGGUUGAAGGAGGAGGAGAACAAGAGGAAAAGAGUGAGGAGGGAGGUUGGGAUCUCGAAGACUUGGAGCUUCCUCCUGAAGUCGAGAGUGCAAAUGCUUCAACCAAUGUGCGCUCAACUGUUUUCGUGGCCCCAACACCAGGUAUGCCUGUUAGCCAAAUCUGGACCCAAAAAUCUUCUCUUGCAGGUGAGCAUGCGGCAGCUGGGAACUUUGACACUGCAAUGCGAUUGCUAAGCCGACAAUUGGGUAUAAAGAACUUUGCUCCUCUUAAGCCUUUCUUCUUGGAUUUGCACAUGGGAAGCCAUUCAUAUCUCAGGGCGUUUGCUUCUGCCCCUGUGGUGCCCAUAGCUGUUGAGAAAGGGUGGAGCGAGUCAGCUAGCCCCAAUGUGCGGGCCCCACCCCAAUUGGUUUAUCGGUUCUCCAUGUUGGAUGAUAAGCUUAGGAGUGCAUACAAGGCCACCACUGAAGGGAAGUUCACUGAGGCUUUGAGGCUCUUCCUCAAUAUUUUGCACAUUAUCCCUGUGGUUGUGGUUGAUUCUAGAAGGGAUGCUGAUGAAGUCAAGGAGCUCAUUGUAAUAGCAAAGGAGUAUGUUUUGGGGCUUCGGAUGGAGGUGAGGAGACGUGAGGUGAGGGAUGAUCUUAAAAAGCAGCAAGAGUUGGCAGCUUACUUUACUCAUUGCAAUCUUCAAAGAAUACAUCUCAGGCUUGCACUUAUGACUGCCAUGGGUGCUUGCUUCAAGGGAGGGAACUAUAUUACAGCCGCAAAUUUUGCUAGGCGGAUUUUGGAAACAGAUCCACCAGCCAAUCAGGCGACCAAGGCUCGCCAACUUUUGCAGGCUUGUGAGAGAAACAUGAAAGAUGCUAAUGAAUUGAAUUAUGACUUUAGGAACCCUUUUGUGGUUUGUGGGGCUACUUUUGUUCCUAUAUAUCGUGGGCAAAAGGAUGUUGCUUGCCCUUAUUGUAUGGCUAGGUUUGUACCUGUCCUUGAAGGCCAGCUUUGCCCCAUCUGUGACCUUGCGAUGGUUGGGUCAGAUGCCUCUGGCCUUCUCUGCUCUCCAUCUCAGGUGAGAUGAUAAUUUCGACUGAUGCACAUCUAUUUGCACAAUUCUCAAGUGGCAUCACAAUUCUCAAGUGGAAUCUCGAGGUCUUGGAGGAGCUCAUGAUAAGGCUAGGAGUAUAUGGUAUGUAUAGUUUCCCUACCUUUCUGAAUAUUUUUGGUCUUUGAAUUCAAUUAUGAUUUCCCUUUUUGUCAGGUUCUGCGUAAUAAACAGCUUGUUAUUCUGAGGAUUUUGACUGUUUAAUCUGGUUCUACUGUGCCUUUGUUGUCAUUGCGGUCAUAAGAUGCCUUGUAAAAUUGACAUAAACUAUGAUUUUUCGGAGGUGGAAAAGUUGAUCUGUUUUUUCCUGCUGGAGAGACAUAAACUAUGAUUUUUCGGAGGUGGAAAGGUUGAUCUGUUUUUUCCUGCUGGAGAAAUGCUUUACAAAAAUGUCGCUAUUGGGGUGAAUGAUAAAGGAACUCGUGAAGGGUCUCCUCAUUUGUUAGUAACUUCCCGUGGUUUGAAGUGGCAAAUGUUUUGAUUGAUGACAUUGCUGCAUUGGCAAGUUUCAGUAGUUUUUUUGAACAGACGUUUUGCACGUUUUGCCAGUGUGCAUUUGCAUAUGAAAAGUUCCGGUCCUCUAAAUUGUAGUCGCUAUAGACAAGAAUAAAGGAGUCCCUUGAAACC